AGUUUUCUGUCAAUCGACAUCGAACUCUUCGAACGAACGGAUCUUCCCUCCGAACCUCUCCUUCCUCACGCGUGUUCAUACUCGUCAAACCUGACAGAAUGGGAGUCUCAGCGAUGGUAGUGCUGGUACUGGCGGUCGCUGGUACAGCUUUCGGCACCGGAGUGAUCAGCACCACCGCGGGCGUCUCAGCUGCUACUAUCGGCUUUGGUGUAACUUCAGCAUCGUCUGCUACGGCUGCUACUGCGGCUACUGCUGCUCUUGGAGUAGCAGGCGUUGGCACUGCAGCAGUUGUAGGGGCGCUAGCGGCAACAGCCAUCGCCCGCAACGUCAGGAAUGGGCGCCUGAGGAGGGACGUGUCUUGCGCGGCGGGCGUCGGCAACCCUCAACUCUUGUUAGCCCUCGCAGCCAGCGCCGACCAGCUCGGCUGUGGCCAGAGACUCGUCUGCGAACUCCAGGCUACAGACGACCAGCAGCUCACGCCUACUGAGCUCCAGAUCUUGGAAAUUUUUGGAAGAGAUGUGCGUCCGUUGAAGGCGUCACAGAUGCAGAAGCCUGCGUCACUGUACCACUACGCAGCGCAGGUUGGCAGCAAGGCCGCCUCUACCGACGUCUGUGCCGAGACUUUUGACUUGUGUCCCCUCGACAGGGCUGCUAUCAUGGACGCCUACCAGCGAUAUUCCGGCGCCAUGGCUCUUGAUUUGUAAUUGUUAGACUGCGCUGACGCAAAGAUUUGAAUUCCACUCUCUAAUCCAGUAGGAGGUGCAUAACUAAUUUAAAUAAAUCCAAAUUUUAGAGAGGGCUUUCAAAUAGACUAGCAAAGAAGUUCCCCGUUAAUCAAAAUCAAGCGCGAUAUAAAUUAGUUCAGACUCAUUGUUUGGCUUAUGUUUCUCUGAUAUAGAAAAUGAUUUUUUUUCAAUUUUGUGAUGUUCGUCCUUUUGCCAUUUUCUUGAUAACGCGCGACGCGAUUGCUUAUAAUAAAUAAUUAAAUUCAAAUACAACACAUCUUAUUAAGUGGAAAUAAACGAUGCCUUUCAAUAAUUAUGUUGAAAAAGUUCAGGUGCAGCACUGUUUGUUAAAAUAGUUAAAAAGUUCCUUAUUUUCUUCAAAAUAAA